AUGGCCGGUGCCUCGCAGACGAGAACACAGCUCUCAUCCCUUCUAGGCUCACUAGUUGGCACGAUAUGCAAAUGGGAUCCAGUUACGGAGGAAUCAUCAGACCCCAUGAAAAUAUAUAGUCGACAGGAAAUCUAUGUGGGCCGGGACGCAGCGACAUGCCAGUAUGUCAUAGAUGAUCCCGUCGUGUCAAAUAAACACUUGCGGAUAUACACCAUUAUAUUCGAUCAGGACAACCCAGGGGAAGUGGCGCCGUUGGUAUAUGCCCAGGAUAUGUCCAUGAAUGGCAGCCUCUGGAACCAACACCGGAUGGGAAAUGGGCAGAGAAACUUGCUACUCAGUGAUGGCGAUAUAAUUCAGCUCUCGGGGAGAGUUUCUCUGAGAUAUGACUCUGUGGAUCAUCCACAAACCAGCAGCUUUACCCCUACGCAGGAAUCGGAGAUGGCGAUGUUCGAUUGCGAAUAUGUUGUCACAAACCGCAAGCUAGGCUCUGGUGCCUAUGGGGUGGUCCAUAUGGCUUGCAAAAAAGGCACUGACCAGCAGUUCGCUUGCAAAAUUGUCGACCUUGGAGCUGUCAAGAAGCGUGUGGCAAAGGAGCUGGAAGCGCAACAUGGGAAGGGGUACGAUAAAAAUAUCAGUGUAAGUUAUGUCGGGAUGAAAGUGCAAGAAAAGCUCGAGCAGUACCACCGGGAGGCCGGGAUACUCGAAAACCUGCAACAUCCGAAUAUCAUCGGUCUCGAGAAGGUUAUCCAGAGUGAGAAUACCAUAUAUAUGAUUCAGGACCUUCUCACCGGCGGGGAUCUUUUCUCUUAUAUACAGCACAAGGGCGGGAGACUACCUGACAUAGAAGCCGCAGUUAUUGUGCGCCAGAUUGUUAUUGCUCUCGAUUACCUGCAUGACCGGAAUAUUGUACACAGAGAUCUGAAGCCUGACAAUAUACUCAUGACCUCUCGUGCCGACGGAUGUAGGGUCGUGCUUACGGAUUUCGGAUGCGCCACCUUAGUCAACCCGGUUUCGAAUCGAAUGUCGACUAUGGUUGGGACAUUUGAAUUCAGCGCUCCAGAGGUGGUCAUGCAAAGCGACAGGGGCUAUACUAAAGCCGCAGAUCUUUGGUCUUUGGGUUGCCUGACAGCAGUUGUUCUCACCGGGGAGCCUCUCUUCGAUAAUGCGCCAAAGGGCUGCAAGAUGAACUCUCACCGCACCAGGGCUAUUGAAAAACUGAAGUGGAAAAUGAACCGACGUCAGGUAGGUCAGCGUGCCCAGGACUUUGUCUUCCAACUUUUGCAGCACGAUGCAUCGAAGCGUAUGGAUGUAAAACAGGCACUCCAGCAUGAGUGGUUCACCAAUCCUGCGCAUAAGUCGGAGUUCGACGCGCUUUACGAACGAUCUAUCCGUGAUUGGAAGCCCCGCAGCACAACAGAGCCCCGAAUUGUCGGGCUUGAAUCUUAUGUCAAGGCCUGUCCCAGCCAAUCGAACCAGAAUCCAUCCGCUUCGGAUCUCGAGUCUAAUAGUCUUAGCCAAUAUUCGUAUAUCAAGCCGGAAUCAUGUUCUCAGUGGGUGGGCUUUUCUCUUUUAUCAACUGCCGAAACGGAUGACCGGCAGGGCAGUGGACUCACCCAUAUCCCGGAAAGCCCAGAUGUAGAUCUUCUCCCAUGCAAGGAUAUCACAUCAACUGACAGCCAUUUAAAUGUAUCGUCAAAUAAUGCAGACGCCUAUUCCGUGACUUCUUCCCAAGUCAGUGUCACCCAUUACGCGACCUUACCAACUCUAACCGCACCGAGUUCACCAGGCUCAUAG